CACGACGAGCAAGUGGCCAACAUACGACACGCCCUCCCGCAACCCCGAGCCACCAAACUCUCUUCCCGCAAGCAGUGCACACGUUGCGCGCAUGCACGGCCACGGCCUCCGGCUCACGCCACGCCAUCACCAGCAAGCAGCCCCAGCACGACGCGCCCCGGCACACGGCUAUACGUACAUAUACGAAGCCCCGAUGCCUCCCGUUCUUCCUUCCACACAGAUCGACCCGCGCGAGGUCCAGGAGAGCGAAGGGAAACACAAAGACUGAUUUAGCAUGGCGACGGCGACGGCGCGGUGGCUCGUGCUGCUCCUGUUCGUGUCGGCGGCAUCGGCGGCGGCGUACGGGGAGGAGAAAUGGAACGGGGGCGCCACGGUGGGAGGAAUGGUCGUGGAGAAGGAGCGGCGGAGGGUGGUGGCGGCGAGCGAGGCCGGCACAGUCACGGCCGCCGACGUGGCCGACGACGCGGCGGGCACCGUGUACCGGCUGCAGUUCGUCACCAUGGAGCCCGGCUCUCUCUUCCUCCCCGUCGAGCUCCACGCCGACAUGGUCUUCUACGUGCACAGCGGACGGGGUAAGGUGACGUACAUACAAGAAGGGGGCAGCGAGGCGAGCGCGCUGGAGGUGGAGCGAGGAGACGUCUACAACUUGGAGCAGGGCACCAUCCUGUACAUCCAGAGCUACCCCAACGCCACCAGAGAGCGUCUCCGGAUCUAUGCCAUCUUCAGUAGCAGCGCCAUCAGCUCUGAUGACCCCUCUCAUCCGACGUCGGAAGCUUAUUCGAACGUCAGUAAUCUACUGAAAGGAUUUGAAGUAGAAAUUCUCCGACGGGGCUUUGGGGUUCCUACUGAAGUGGUGGAGCCGAUCAAAUCGGCGCCGAGCCCACCAUUGAUCAUACCAUACAAUCCGAAAGGCAAGGAACAGGAGUCUUCGAAUUGGGCGGAAGAAAUCUUUGACGCGUUCUGGGGAAUCCGAGACCCGCAGUUCCUGAACAAGAAGAAAAAGAAGUCUAAGGACAAGAAGGACAAGGACAAGAAGUCCAAGGACAAGACGUUCAACUUCUACUCCGGCGAGCCUGACGUGAAGAACUGCCACGGAUGGAGCAAAACAAUGACCAACGAAGACCUUCAGAACCUGAGGGAAUCCAACAUUGGCAUGUUCAUGGUGAACCUGACCACGGGUUCCAUGAUGGGGCCGCACUGGAACCCGAAAGCGACGGAGAUCGCCAUCGUGACCCACGGUUCAGGGAUCGUGCAGACGGUAUGCCCGAGCAGCCCGUCAGGUGAGGGCAAAAGAGGGCCGCACGAGAAGGGCGGUGAAGAAAUCAAGUGCAAGAACUCGUUGUUCCGGGUGAAGGAAGGCGACGUGUUCGUGGUGCCUCGGUUCCACCCGAUGGCGCAGAUGUCAUUCAACAACGACUCGUUCGUGUUCGUCGGGUUCAGCACGCACAUGGGGCAGAACCACCCGCAGUUCCUGGCCGGGAAGCUCUCGGCGCUGCAGGUCAUCGGCAAGGAGAUACUGGCGCUGUCGCUGGGGCAGGACAACUCGACUGCUGUCGAGAAGUUGCUCUCGGCGCAGAGUGAUUCGACCAUACUGACGUGCGUCUCGUGCGCGGAGGAGCUGGAGAAGAAGGUGGAGCAGGAGGAACAGGAGAGGGAGAAGGAAAAGAGGGAACGAGAGGAGGAAGAACGGAGAAAGAAGGAAGAGGAGGAAGAAAGGAAAAGGAAAGAAGAGGAGGAGGAGAAGGCCAGGAAAGAGGAGGAAGAAAGAAGGAAAGAGGAGGAGAAGGCGAGACGAGAGGAGGAAGAAAGGAGACGGAGGGAAGAGGAGGAAGAAAAGAGAAGGAAAGAAGAGGAGAGGGGGAGGGAAGAGGAGGAAGAAAAGAGAAGGAAAGAAGAGGAGAGGGCGAGACAAGAGGAGGAAGAAAGGAGACGGAGAGAAGAGGAGGAGAGGGCGAGACGAGAGGAGGAAGAAAGGAAGAGAGAAGAGGAGAAGGCAAAGAAAGAGGAGGAAGAGAGGGCGAGGAGAGAGCAGAAGCAGGAGGAGGAAGAAAGAGCAAGGAGAGAGCAGGAGGCGCAAGAGGAAGCAAAGAGAGAGCAGGAAGAAAUAGCAAGGAGAGAGCAGGAAGAGAGAGCAAGGAGAGAGCAGGAAGAGGAAGAAAGGCGUAGAAGAGAGCAGGAAGGCGGCGGCGGUGGAGGAGGUGAUGAACCGAGUGAAGAAGAGGAAGGAAGGAGGAAACAGGAGGAAGGAGGCAGAGGCCGCGAAGAUGAGCCGAGGAAAGAAGACGAAGGCGGCGACUGGGGAGAUUUGCAGAACCACACGGCCAAGAAACUGAGGAAACGCUACAGUCUUCGCAAGGGCGCCGUGUUACAGAGCGCCUGAACAAUUUUACCUUUAGAUGCUUUGCUGCAGCUCGUUGAUCUUUACCUUCCUGUGUACUACGUAUGAAUAAUGGUGAACUUAGCUUGCUCUGGUAGAGGGCAAGCCUACUAGCGUGCUUCUGUUUUGCCCACUUGUUCUUGUUGUAGCUGGUUGUAUAUAUGAAGAGCCCGUCCCUCUUUGCAUCAUGUGCACGUAAAUAAAGGUACUGUAGUAUAUCUUGGGGAGCCGGUCGGCAGUCGGCAAUACGAAAACUGUAAAGGACAUUCCGUAUGAGUUACCGCAAUGCUUCUGUAUCCUUUUCAGUACAACACAGUGCCAUGGUACAUCUUCCCUAGCUUUUUCAUGGUUC